AUGGCGACGGGCGACCACGGCCCCGUAGGAACUCUUUCCCGACGUACAGUCGGUUUCUCCGAUGCCUUGGACUGGAGGCCACUGCUCUUCGUGGAGCCAGUCAUUGCGGAGAGAGCUUGCGCCCUGUGUGGUGUGCUGUGCAGGAAAGCGGUCAGACUGUGGUGUGCACAUACCGUCUGCUCCGACUGCUAUGCGGAGUGCGUUGAGCGAGGAGGCACCUGUCCCCUCGAUCAGGAGCCAUUCUGCGAGGACGACCUGGAUCGACUGGAGUGCUCCGCCGGCUACAUCAUGAAGCGCAGGGUGGCCUGCUGGAAUUUGCCUAGUGGCUGCAACUUCAUUGGCCCCGUGUCAAGUCUCCUGGAUCACUUCAAGCAGUGCACCUUCCACACUGUGUCUUGCCCUCAGUGUAGCUGCUCUGUGGUGCGGAGCAACAUUGUGAGGCACUGCAAAGAAGGCUGCAGCAUAGCUCCAACCAUGGAUACAGUUGCCAACAUCUCCCUCAACCCUGAUCACGGCAGCAUUGAACAGGCACGCAAUGAAAUUGAAGAAUCCCUGGGGAAGAUUUCUGAAGACCUGACGUUCCUGCAGAGCAGCCUAAACCAGUGCUCUGAAGACAUCCGAGCAACAGGUGCAAGCUGCAAAGACCUGCUGGAAGACCAGUUUUCCAAGCUUAAUGACCUCAAUGCACUCAUCACAGCUGGCUUUACCGAAAAACAGCAGGCACUUCAGAUUGUUGAUGCUAAUGUGGUCGCUGCUUUGGUCACAGCUGGCACCAGCAACCGAGACCUUAUUGUUAAGGAACUGCAUGCACAGAGCGACCAGCUGAUCGCAUCCACUUAUGCAAGCUGCAAACAGCUGCUGGAAGAUCAGGCUAACAGGUUUGGGGAUUUGACAGCGCUCUGCACAGCCGGCUUCAGCGAAGAACAGAGAGCACUCCAAAGGGUUGUGGCGGACGUGGAAACCACUGUCAGCACCAACAGAAACAUCAUGACGAAGGAGCUGCGUGAGCAGAGCAACCAGCUGAUGCCAGCCAGAGGAGGGAUGUCCCAGAAACAGAUAUGCAUUUCUACGGAAAUGACAUGUCGCUGGGAUUUCGGGGAUUGGGCAUCCAGGAAAGCGGUAGGUGGAUCGCAGUAUGGCAGUGGAUCCUACGAGAGCACCUCAUGUAAAGUCUUUGGUCACAAUAUGGUCCUUGUUCUUGACCUUUAUAAAAAGAAUAGUGGGGACAUUGAUGUCAUUUGUGACGUCAGAAUCUAUCCUGAUGGCAGUGAUCGAGAGGUUGAUUGGCCCUUCAAUAAGUCAUUGGUAUUUGGAAUUAAUCAUCCCACAGACGGGUCGAAAACUAUUACUUACAAAAUUAGGGCUUAUGGGGACGAAGGUUCUUCCUUGAAGCCUCUCUGCACUGUAAAAGAACUUGAUGAAGGAAUGUUUGUUUCCUUCAAUACACUGCAGUUGUUCUUACAGGUUCUGUCAUAGCCCGUUUAUUGCACUUGCAUUAUUUGGUUAAAAUUGGCAAUGUAUGUAUUAACACUAAAACAAAAACUUACUAUAUUUCUUUUUUUUUUUUUUUGUAAAAUGAUUUGGUA